AUGGAACUUUUUGUUGCUGUGUCUGUAUUCACGUCCCUAGAAGCCCAGUUCGCCAUGAAGAGUGUUGCCCAGUGGUGCACUGGUCGCACCCCUGGGGCCUCACAUUGGAUGACAGGUUGGCAGCUUGCCAAGUCCACCUCCACCAGUCCCCAGAUUUCAUCAUCAUCAGUGAUCGCCUCUUCAUCUCAGAAAACCACUGACCACUCCAAGACUCCUUCGUCCACCACUUUACCACUGUCCUUCCCCCUCAUCUUGAAAUCUAUCGACAUUUCGAAUGGGGCCGUCAAGAUUUUCGUUUCGUCGGAAACCCACCUCUAUCAGGUCAGGCUGCUUCAGCAGGCUCGUAGUAGACCCGAGGUGAUAGGGAGAAUUGUGACCCUCUCCGCUACAACCGUAGAAAUGUUUAUCGCCCCACCUGCUGCAAAGUUUGAAUUGUGUCCUGAUGACGAAGCACGGAAACACAUCUCCAAACUGCUUGCCAUCGACGCAAAUGAUCUAACCACAGUCCGUCAGAUGCCCUACACAUUGAAGAGGUCCCUCCCAAUCCAUACAACCCACAUAGCCAAGAAGAUUUGUGCCAGUCCACUGCCGCCUUCUCACCCACCUACACAUCCAUCGAAGACCCCAUCCAUCACCCCUAUUCCGCAACCUGUCUCACCUGUUUCAGAUCGUAGUCAAUCAUCAACAUCAUCCUUGCAUGAUCUGAAAACACCAUCACCUUGUUCUCUAGGAUCUCCUUCACCAAUCGACCUUGAGAAUACUACCCCUUCAACAAAUGUCCAUGCAGCCUCCAGCACUCACACAACUACAACAGACUCCAGUACAACUGCUGCUGCGACCAUUCCCCAAGUAUCUCCGUUGUUUUACAGUCCACCUCCAGACUGCAGUACUCCCUUACUCUACGUCCCAUCAUCAUGUGCAACGCCAAGUUAUCAUCCUACAACGAUGACAUCCUUCAGGCCCGUACAAGCAAGAGUCCGCUUCGCACCACCAACUGUUCCUUCCUCUCCUUCAGCCCCCAUCUACAUCCCCACUCCUAAAAAUAACGACCUGCAACAAAUGGCUCGAAGCCUCUUGUCUACUGGAAAUAUGCCAGUCCUCCCUCCAGCACCCAGAGAAUGGAGUCUGGUCCCUGAUGAAAGCAUUCAUCUGACCCCCUGUCUAUCGUGGCCACCAAAGAAUUGGACAUCAUUUUCACCAGAAGAAAAGGGUGUCCUCACUGAGUAUGCUGCUGGUGCGCUGGAAAUGGCAAGCGGAAUUCACCCGAUCCAGCGCCAAGUCCUUUUGUAUAAAUACAGCUAUCUUUCACUGACUGGAGCCAUGAUUCCUCCAAACAAGGACACACAAAUGAUUUUCUUCAACUUCAAAACAGUUCGGGACAUUGCUCUUGGGAUAAGUACCUUCCCAAAGGAAUUCCAGAAGCAGUUUCUUGAAUGUCUUCAACCUUUAAGUCCUGUGGACAUGGUGAAGUUUGCUGCCGUCCCAUUGAGGCUAACGUCUGAAUAAAACCAUUAUGUUACCUUGCUGCCCUGAUUCCGAUGUCCUGUUACCUUGCUGCCCUGAUUCCGAUGUCCUGCUACCUUGCUGCCCUGAUUCCGAUGUCCUGUUACCUUGCUGCCCUGAUUUUGAUGUCCUGUUGCCUUGCUGCCCUGAUUCCGAUGUCCUGCUACCUUGCUGCCCUGAUUCCGAUGUCCUGUUACCUUGCUGCCCUGAUUUUGAUGUCCUGUUGCCUUGCUGCCCUGAUUCCGAUGUCCUGCUACCUUGCUGCCCUGAUUCCGAUGUCCUGUUACCUUGCUGCCCUGAUUUUGAUGUCCUGUUGCCUUGCUGCCCUGAUUCCGAUGUCCUGUUACCUUGCUGCCCUGAUUCCGAUGUCCUGUUACCUUGCUGCCCUGAUUUUGAUGUCCUGCUACCUUGCUGCCCUGAUUCCGAUGUCCUGUUGCCUUGCUGCCCUGACAGUUAACCGACGCCCUGCCAAAGACCCUGAUGCCCUGUUGCUGUCCUGAUGCUCUGUUCCUGCCUUCUGACGUUUCGUUCCAAUCCUGCCUGUGAUCUCUGAUGCCAUGUGCCAGUUUGCUGAUGCCUCGCGAACUGACAUUUCAAAAUUGAUUAAUUAUUUGCAUAGACAUUAUUGUGUGUGAGUUUAAAGUAUGAGCUCAUACUAUAUUGUAAGAAUGGUAAUUGAUUAAAUGUUUAUGUGUAAUUAAGUGUUUUAAAAUAAUAUUUUGAGAUAUUCUGUUUUCAAUAAAUAACUUUUAUUGACUUUUUUUUUUUUUUGUUAAAGAACGUAACCUUUAAUUGGGUAAAACAAAUACAUUUACGUGAUACUAGUUCUUGCAUAAUUGUUCUUGAGUCUGCAAACUAGGGUGAGCUUCAUAAACUGUGUCUGAAAUCAAAGUACUGAGAAGACUUGAUUGUACCUGAAACAGAAAUGUAGUGUUAUUUAUGCAUUGUUAUUAAUGUGUUAAUUGUUCAGUAAUUGUUAUUCUUUCAUUUCAAAUUUGUAUAUAUCUGUAAGUUUAAAUUUUUACUUCAAACUUCAGGAGAAGUUUAUGUCUUUAAGGUGGGGGAAGUGUAACACCCUGUAUCCGAAUACUAUACACGUCCGAAAUAUGUACACUUAAGAAUGCCUUACCUGUUUAACUUUAAUAAUCCAAAUUUUCCUUGUUGUUAUCUGGUUUAACAACCAUUAUCAAAUGUUUGUUAAAUCCAGUUAAUGCUUUCUCCAUUAUUGAAUAUCCAUUACUUGUAAUUUGAAUCGCCAGCAUUGAAUCGAACGCGGGUUAAAUGUUCCAAAAUGUCCGCCAUUUGCAAUGUCGAAGGUUAUGACAUAGCAAGUUAAUUCUACGCGAAUAAGUUAUAUCUUAUCGAAGAAAUGUGUUUUCCCAAUGUUUAUGUGUAGUAUUAUGACCUGUUAACUGUUUUAUUGUUACAAUGUUACUUAUACAGUUAGUAGUCCUGUCAGAUAUUAAUGCUGGUGGGGAACUAUUUCAAGUAUUUUCGCGCAAUGCUUUCGCAUUGCUUUCACUAUGUGUUAGAUGAAAUAUUAUUAUUAUGAUUGAGAAAUGUAAUGAAAGCAUUGUAUAGUUAUGCAUAAUAUUUUCUGAGCUUUUUAUUGAUGUAAUGCUUUCUUGUUAGACUUGCAAUGCUGUUAAUGCAAAUGUUGUUAAUGUUGCUUAAACCGUUUUACAUAGUUAAAUACUUUCAUGAAAGUCUGGCUCUGAUUGGUCGCCAGCAACGCCCAGCCUCAGCAACUGCUUAUAAAUAGAGCUGUGGUUGAUGAUGGAGUCAGUCGUAACUCACUAGUCAGUAGUGACUUGACCCAGAAUAGUCGCUCAUUACUUAACAACCCAUUUAAGAUGUCAAAAGCCAACAAAGGUAAACACUAACAUAUACGACUCACUUACCUACGUUUAAUCUACAUCUGUACGUCAUAGUUCUGACUAGUUCUAACUGACAUUUUGCAUCUGCAUUAAAUACUAUUUAGAAUAACUAUAAAGAGUGACGACUGAUUUCAUCGCUUUAUUUAAUCUGAACUGCUGUUCAAAUAGUUAAUAUCAUACUUGUUGUUUAAUUAACCACUCAUAGUACUGUUUAUAUGGCAAACGUUAAGCUUCUGCCCUAAUAAAUAAAUAGUUACAGAAACCA